AUGUCUGGAGGUAUUAUCAAUAGCGAGAAUUUUUUGGCGAAGAAGGGUGGGAUCUACGAAAUACGAGAUGGAAUGUUUAACAAGAAUAUGGGAAAUAGAUCUUAUAAUACGAGGUUUGGCCAGGGAAAUGGAUUUCUUUCUUGGUCUAAAACUAUGGAGCAUCCUCCUGUAGACAGAGACACUGAUUAA